AUGGCAGACAGCAAGGAUGGAGCCCAGCACCAGGGCGUGUUCAAGCAAGACCAGCCAGGCAAGAUUGACAAGCGCCACGGCGACCCCGACGCUGGAGGCAAGACAUCUGGCCAGAAGGCGGCCGACACGAGAGCGGAGCGGUACGGCGAGCAAAUCCACUACGACAAGAAGUAA